CCGGGACCUGCUGUAAUCAUGGAAUCAACAGGAACAAACGUACAGCUUCAUUGCCCUUUUAAUGGUGUACAGGAAUGAACAGAUUGCACUGAUAGGCAGACUGUGGAACAGAUUGAGACUGGAUGGAGUGAACAGUAUUUACAAAAGCACCAGCAAUUUAAAAUCUCAGACAGACUUGGCGAGGCUGAACUGACUGACUCACUGAUAAUUAGUUACCAAAAGCCCACCUCUACACCUGACCCAGAACCCCUCUGGUCUGAAUGUGGUGCACAGUCCUCACGUGGAAUGUGUAGGGAAAAGAGAGAGAGGGGAGAGAGAGAGAGAGAGAGAGAGAGAGAGAGAGAUAGAGAGAGAGAGAGAGAGACAGACACAGCGACAGCAUUGUGAGUUUGCCUCUGCUUUAUUUGCUACCAGCGCUGCAGCUCAGAUUGUAAAUAUUCUAAAGCUGUUUCUUGGUGGCAUGGUACAGUACCAUUGAACGGAGCUCUGAUGAGAUUUUUUUUUCCUCUGCUUCAUGCUCCACCAGGACGAAGUCACGAUUUGACCGAAUUACACCUUGCUGUGAUAAAAUGAGUGCUGGGGGUGGGGAAGGGGUGACUGUGGAGCUGGUCUCACUAAAGCCUGUGCUGCUUUCGUCAGGUUGCUAACUUCAGAGGUCUCCUCGAGAGAAGAGUUGAAAAUGGACUCCUGCGUUCGCUCUCGUAGCAUGUCAUGGAUAUCGCACAACGGUGGAAAAUUAGCAGAAACAACUGUGAUUUUCCACAACCAAUUGUCCACAGUGUUCUCAAGUCUCCAGCUCUGUUUUUAAGGGCCUGCCUCCACAUUUGAGAGUUACUGAAGAUUGCCUCAGCAGUCUGCACCUGGCAUGCACCAGAAACCAAUGGGAUCUAUUCCAAUAGACCUCGCUCUGAUUUAAUUUCCCGGCACUGAUCUCUCUCUCCUCCCACCCCCUGACUCGGAGCUGAUUGGGAUUCUCCGGCUGAGGAGGAAAAGACUUGGCGGAAUGGAGACUGUUCUCGGCGGGACCCACUGGAACCUAUCGCCACGAGUAAGGGAGCCCACCCAAGGAACUUAUCACAGGAACUGUUGUGGCUUCUCAAUUUGCAGAGUCCAAGCCUUCCCUGAAACUUGAGAAACUCUCGCUCUCUGAGAACGACUGCGCAGAAUUGCUUUCUUUGUUACAGUUUUGUUCAGUGGUCAUGUGGCAGUCCCGAAAAUAGCUUUUGUAUCAUUUUACAAUGGGGGCCAGGAUGCAUUGCAAAGCCACAAAGCACAGUUUGUACAGUUUCAAUUAAACCCAGAGAUGUCAAGGUCUUUACUUCUCUUUUCUGAUUCGCACUUCAACUUUUGACAGAAUGUUUUUUUCCUCGUCCGCCUACCUAUCUGUCAGCUGUUACACAUCCUUCAGUUUACUAAGCAUUAUGAACAAUUUCGAUCUUAACCAUUGAUCUUUCGUUGUGGUUCAGUCUGAGACUCACUGACUUUAGUUGUUUUGUCCAGGGAGUUAUUUUCACCUGCAACUCACAGCCACGAUUCUGCCCCUUGUCAUCGAGCACGGUGAUGGGUCGUAAAGAAAGCAAUUGCUUGCAAGCUUCGAGGUGUCAUAGUGCUCCACUCCAGGACUCAAAGGUUCGCUCCCUUGAGCUCAAACAAGGCCAAACAUCAGGUGACCCCACCAACCAAGUGCAAGAGAGCAAGGGCAAAGUUCAGCAAGUGCACUUCAAGGAGGAACAGGCAUCCAACAUGAGGGAGAAGACUGAAGGAAAGCCUGCACCAAAAGGCAAAGCACAACGUCCCAGGCCACAGGGACUGGCCAGCUGCUCGCUGGUGAUACCCAAGAGACAAGGGGUUCUCAAAAGCAUCGCCAUUCAGACCUCGCCAAGUCUGAGAAAGCACCUUCCAAGAUUCAAAGGCAAAUUGAGGAACAGCAGCAAAUCAGCCAAGGGCUCCAUGUUAAUGGAGUCGGUUAAAGAUGCAGGGGCCACCGCCACUGGCAAAGGCCUGGCCUUGGAUGUGACCAAUGCCGCGACACAGGUUGAAAGGACUGAGCCCAGCUUAACCCAGGUGAAAGGAGCUGUGAGGGGAUCUUCUGAGCCGAGCACCUGUAGCAUGGUCAGGAGGAAGCCCUCAUCAAAAUCACCAGAGCCCAAACUACCAGAGACACAGUGCGAGGGGUCAGCUUCAUGCCACUGCCCAGAUAUCUCCGCCGAAGCACACAACUCUGGGAAAUUAAUGGUUUUGGACCAUCCAUCGGAUCCUGGAUAUCCUCAUUCCAACGCUGGUGACUCCUUGACUGAAAGUACACCGAGUGGGAAUGGUUCACAUCCAAAUUGCUCUGGUCUGCACAAACUGGAAUCAGUGUCGGCACAGCCGUCUAUUGCAGCCGAGCCUGGAGGGGAAGGCCAGUGCAAGGAUAAGGUUUGGCCAGAGUGUUCAGACUGUCCUCCCGAGUGUGUCGGCAAGAGCGAACAAGUGGGCAGAGAUGUUCCAAAAUCCACGUCAUGCACACUAAAUGAAGACAAGGCAGGCAUCUCAGGCACUGAUCCUGCUUCAGACAAUGUUCCUAAUCACACAGCCUCCUGUAACAUGGAAAUAAAAGCUGAAACAAGCAAAAGGAUUAAGGAAAUUAAUCAAAUCCAUCUGACACAAGGGGACUUAUUUGAUCUACAAGGCAGGAUGCAGUUCAUUGAGGACACCCUACAAUCAAAUGAACACCAGAUCAAAGUCCUUCUGAAUGUAAUUCAGGACAUGGAGAAAACAAAAGCACUUAAUGAAGGGAGGAACUUCUAUCGGACUGGCCAGGACCUGAGUAACUGCAGCACAUGUCAGAACACCGCCUGUAUCAUCUACAGUGUAGAAUAUGACUUUAGACAGCAGGAGGGCAGAUUCCAUCAUGUGCUCCGUGCCCUGGAGAUCGAGGAUGAAGGUACACAGCAUCAGGAUCUAACCAGAGGGAGCGCUGACGACCAGACUAGCCAGAAACAGGAGCUGAAGAAUAAGGCACGCAAGCCGAAGAAAACAUGUUUUUGGUGUCUGUGAGCAACCGCUGUCAAAUAACUGCCACAAAAAUAGUGCUUUCUCUUUCCCAUGUAACUCGUGGGAAAUCAAGGGCUGUUGUGGGACAUCUUCUGCAUUUCAAGGGAGCUGCAGCCAGUUGUAUUAGUCAGGGCAAGUAACUCAGCUACCCAGGUAUUUGCACAAGGGCAAACUAUAAAGGUAAGACAAUUUGCACUGAGACCACUUCUACUGCUGUAGCUCUGUGGAACUGCACAGUGAAGGCGACCAAACAGUGUAGGCGACCGACCCAAUGUCAUCUGAUGAACUCAGACCACUUGGUACAGGUUGAUGGAUCAUUUUAGAGCUACAUUCGGUUAAUGCAGCACUCUGACUGAUAAUGAGUUUAUUUUUGAUUAAUGAACAGAGGAGAAUGCAGCAAUAAUGGAUGCAAUGGAGAAUUUAAGCUUCCAAGUUAGAAAGUAAAAUCAAUCCAGCCCAAUAAUAAUGAUUGCAGCCUCAUUCAUUAUUGACAAAGGAGGAAGCAUGCACAUUCUCGUGUUUUUAACGGUCACGAUCUUUCUGCUUUUUAAUGUCAGAUACAGCAUUACAGUUCUGUCUCACUGUCGGUGUUCAAGCAGUGCCUCUUUUGUACAUUUAUAAAAGAAUCGGCUCGUGCUAGAUGGUGAAUUGAAAGCUGAGACCCCUGGUUACAAAUUUCAUGACUCAAAUCCACCCAAAACCCCAACCCUCUUUCUGGAAGUGGUCUCUGGAAGUGUAUCCAGCAUGUUCUGCACAGAAACAAAUUGUAUGGCCACAUCCAAGCACUAGAUUUACAAUCCACGUAACAUCUUUCUUUCACCUCGUUUCAUUCUAUCUGUUCUCCUCCAUGGUGAUCAUGUUGCAUUUGUUAUAUGAGAUGCAUAAUUUGAUAAAGACAUAAACGUU